AAAAAGAAUGAAUGAUAGCGGAUAUUGAAAUCUUUGAUAAAACAAAGAAAAAAAAAGUUUUCAUUUUUGGGUUUAUUCAGAUCUCCAUAUUACCAUGACUGAUUUCUAUCGAUCUAGAAAAAAGAGAAAUUAUGAAAACAAAGAACUAUCGGGUCCUGAUUAUGGAAAAGAAAGACCUACAAAACGCUUUAUGCCUUCUCAAGAUAUCAAGCGAGCCAAAGAGAUCUUGUCUUGUCAACCACGUAAAUACACGACCAGUAUUGCUAUUCCUAGCAGCAUCAUCGAAAAUGCACCUACGAUGGAACUCAAGACGAUCUUGGCUGGUCAAAUUGCUCGGGCCUUGGUCAUCUUUGCUGUUGAUGAGAUUGUGAUUUAUGAAGAUAAAGUCCCAUCCACUCAGAGCAAGAUCAACCCCAGCUUGUUUCUCGCCAGAAUAUUUCAGUACAUGGAAACACCUCAAUACCUUCGAAAACAAUUGGUGCCUAUCAGCCCUGAUUUGAAAUUUGCAGGCUUGUUGCAUCCUCUAGAUGUGCCUCAUCAUCCUGCCAAAGAAGAAUGGACAACGUAUCGUGAAGGCGUGACAUUGGAUAAAGCAAAUGAAACUGACUCAACCUUGGUCGAUGUAGGUCUUUUUCGACGUGCUCGUAUUGAUCGUGCUAUCCAGUCUGGGGUGCGUGUGACAGUCGAACUGAAAGAACCUGUCUCUGCAGCAGAUACACGUAAAGGCCAAAAACCUAUCGCUGCUCAAGCGGUGAGUCCCAAGACACCGCGUGAAAAAGCAGGUCUUUAUUGGGGAUACAAUAUUCGACUAGCAUCUUCGAUCUCCCGUGUGAUUUCAGAAUGUCCUUAUCCAGAUGGGUAUGAUGUCACUGUCGGUGUGAGUGAUCGUGAUGCCCAAGAUAUGUAUCAAACAGACUUGAAUGAGAAAAUCAAGCCAUUUGAGUAAGUGUCAACGUUCAUGGUCUGCUUAUUCACUUUUUAGUCAUUUGUUAAUCACUUUUGGUGGACCUGUCGGUGGUCUUCAAGAAGCCAUUGAAGCAGACGAAGAUUUAAAAGUGGGAGGAGAAGAUGCUGCUGAAGUGUUUGAUGUCUUUAUUGAUCCUAAUGCCAAAAGUGGUACUCGAAGUGUUCGACUAGAGGUAAUAAAGAUAAGCAUGGAACACUUGACUUAGACUGUAUUAGGAAUCCAUGAUGAUGGUGAUGUCUAUGUUUAAGCCUAUUAUAUCAAACAAAGGAAAAUA